CGAAAAAGCUGCAUCGUGACAUCGCGAUCGCGUCUCGUGACGUUCGCGACGAUUAAACGGGCGUCGCGACGCCGGUUCGUCGCUCGCGCGACGCGCUGUCGAUGGAACGUCGACGCUGAACGCGUCGCGCAUCGCGUGGGCGUCCUACCUUCCGUGUAUGUGUGCGUGUAUGUGUCUCUCUCUCUCUCUCUCUCUCUCUCCCCCUCUCUUUCUCUUCCUCUCUGUCCUUCUUCCCGUUGCCCACGCUCUCGCAUUAAUAAGUUUACGUGCGUUCCAUCGCGUUAUGUUAUAGCCCCUCGCUUACGAACUCGCGACGAUCCUCUGUCCCCGCGACCAUGCAGCGUCAUGCGUUGCGCGGACUGUGCGUCGCGCUCCAAUCCUUGACGCCGUCGUCAGCUGCUUGCUCACUCGUUCGAUAGCCGAUGUCAACUGUGAUUCACGUUUCCUUCCCGAGACACAUCCCUCGGGCCCGCCUGUCUUUUUAUUUGGAAUGAUCACUCGCGGUGCAUUCGUCGGUCGAUAUAUGCUUGCGAAGGACAUUUUUGCGUAAUGUUUGACCCAGGAGGUGGGGAAGGUAGAGGAACAUUAAUAUGCGCCGGCUGUCUCAAUGCUAUUGACGACGAAUUUAUACAGGCAUUGAACCAAGAAUGGCAUAUUGAUUGCUUUCGAUGUUCGGCGUGUGACAUUGGUUUAUCCUCCUGGUACUUCGAGAAAGAUGGCUUGCUAUUUUGUAAAGACGAUUAUUGGGCCGCGUAUGGCGAGGCGUGCCAGGACUGUGGCCAGAUUAUCACAGGCCCCGUCAUGCUGGCGGGCGAUCACAAGUUCCAUCCGGAGUGUUUCGUCUGUACUUCGUGUAGCGCUUUCAUUGGAGAUGGCGAGAGUUACGCGCUCGUCGAACGGUCCAAGUUGUACUGCGGGGUUUGUUACAAGCGGCAGAUGCAACCGCUCAACAGGGCGGCGAACUACCCAUUCGCCAGGAAACCACACAGCAUUAGGCUGGUCGAAAUACCUCCCAGCACAACAGAUCCGGAUAAGCAAAGGGGAAUUAAACUCACGUUAGACACAACUCCCAGUCCCCGCAGUUGUGGUGCUUUGUUGCGCAUUUCGGAGUUAAUGAGAAAUAUUCGUGGAAAGAUCAGUAAGCUGCUAGCCUCUGUGAUGGAGGUUCUAUUUAGGCUAUGCUGCCACUUCUCUAAUCAUAGAUUAAACAUGUCGAGCGAUCUUAUAUCGUUACAUAUUGGCGAUCGAAUCUUAGAAGUAAAUGGCACCCCUGUUAAAGAUCAGCCGGUGGAAAGUAUCGAAAAUCUUAUACAAUAUUCGGACACAGUUUUACAAUUAACUAUCGAGCACGAUCCAGAUGCGGUAUCACGACGGCCCGCGUUCUCCUCACCAUCCUCAGCGACGCUGACUUGUGUCGGGAGUCCCAGGACAAGUCCCGAAAGUAAAGAGCGGCUGUUUAAGCGCCGGGAUGAGGGCUACAUAAGCGGUGCGCGGAGCCGACAAUUACGAAGAACGAGAGAUCCCAUGCAUAAAGAACGCAGCAGUUCUAUGUCGCGAUUGCUUGAUGGAUCUUCUCCAACGAAUCCUACUUAUGACUUGAGCCGCACCAGAUCCUUCCGCGUAGAGCCAAAGAAUCAGAGAAUAUUUCGAGCGAGCGAUCUGGUGAAGGGUGAGCUUCUAGGCAAAGGAUUCUUUGGACAAGUAUUUAAGGUCACGCAUCGCGACACGGACGAGGUGAUGGUUCUCAAAGAAUUGUACAGAGUGGACGAGGACGCCCAAAAGAACUUCCUAAAAGAGGUUGCGGUACUGCGGUCAUUGCACCAUAACAACGUUCUUCGGUUUAUCGGUGUUCUUUAUAAGGACAAAAAACUGCAUUUGGUUACCGAAUACAUAGCAGGUGGCACGUUAAGGGCCCUGCUUCACGACACGAACGAACCAUUGCCGUGGGAACAGCGUACGUCUUUCGCGAAAGACAUUGCUGCCGGCAUGGCCUAUUUGCAUUCUAUGAACAUUAUUCAUCGCGAUUUGAAUUCACACAAUUGUCUCGUUCGCGAGGAUAAGACUGUUGUCGUCGCCGAUUUCGGUCUGGCGAGAAUCAUUCAGAAUGGUAGCUCGCCAGACAAUCGCAAGUAUAAUCGACAUUCCGACGGAGAGGUGAAGACUUCAAAAAAAGAACGGAAGAAGCGAUAUACAGUUGUUGGAAAUCCUUAUUGGAUGGCUCCCGAGAUGAUGAAAGGCAAUAAAUACGACGAGAAAGUUGACUUAUUCAGUUUCGGAAUAGUUGUCUGCGAAAUCAUAGGUCGAGUACAAGCAGAUCCUGAUUAUUUACCGAGAUCCUCGGAUUUUGGCUUAAAUCAAAAUGUCUUCAAGGAAAAAUUCUGUUCCAAUUGUCCAGAGACCUUUUAUAUGAUCGCGUUUCUUUGUUGUGAUCUGAAUCCCGACAAGAGGCCACCAUUCGAAGUUAUGGAGGUCUGGCUAGAAGGGUUGGCGAUGCAUUUGUCAGUAGGUGCCGAAUUGCCAGCAGAUCUGGACUUUGACAUCAGAAAUUAUAAAGGACCGAGUCCGAGCAGCAGUGAAUCCACGACUCCGGAAACUCUGGCACCACAGUUAAAGCCUAUCAAAGAAGGUCAGGUGCAUCAAGAGAAAAAGCGAUCCAGCGGCUGCGACGAUAGUACUUUAGAACGUGAGAUAGAGCCUUUAUCGGGUAACACGCUUCACGUGCCUGAAAUCGUAAGUCCGCGUAACAGGUACACGAGGCAAAACAGCAAGAGCAACGACAGUUCGAACAAUGUGGGACGCUAUUCCAGGCAAAAUUCUAAAUCAAAAGACUUUGUAUCCGACAAGGAGAAGCCUGACAUCGUGAUCUCACCCGAUUCCAGUGGUUUCAGUGGACGAUAUUUGAGAAAUAACAAUAUCAAAUCGAAAGAUACGUCUCCCGACAUUCCAAAUACCUAUGAUUACUCGAAGCAGGAAAUGCAUCCAAAGCAGAUCGACGCAAAUGAACACAAUCUAACCCGAGUACCUACCGUAGAAAAGAUAAAGUAUGUAGGAAACGCGAGUCCGUGUAUGAUAUCCGACGCUUCAGAGUAUAUAAUUGACAACAAAGGUUCAUAUAAAAUCAACAGUCUGAAACAUAAAUCGGAGAAGUGUAAUGAUACAAGUAGUCAUAAGACAAAAUCGGAGAGCAAAUUCAAGAUACCAGAUGCCGCGGGCUCUGUCGGUUCUUAUCUAAAACAAAUCGGUAAAUCUAUCGGCACUGUGGAGAAAGAAAAUAAAGCGAUUAAUAAUACGGCAAACUGCAAUGAUAUCGAUUCUAAGAGAGUAGUCAGUGAAAGUACGAAACCCUCUACCGGAUCGUAUCUGCGAAGAACGAAAAUAUCGCCAACCAAGGAAACAUCGAAGCACGCAUUUUCCAAUAAAGAAACUGUCAAAGACAAAGUUGAUGGAGUUUUUCCUGUACAGAAAUCUAUAGAAUCGAAAGUCCCACCGAGUCAAGAAAAUAUUGUGGGAGAUAUUAAAAAAGACGAAAAAGACAUUAAAGAUAGACUGUCCAGACAAGAGAGUAACGUGUCCGAUGUUGGCAGUAUCUUGUCGAGACAAGGAAGCCUCACAGUAGUAGAUUGUACGUCUAAAUAUAAAGAUUACUCACCAUUCAAUACCUUUACGAAGGAUGAUUUUCGCAAAGAUUGUUCUUUCGAAAAACAAAAUUCAGACCUGCAUCAUACGGACAGUCUUUAUUCUAACUCUAGUAUUUCGAAGCGAGAUGACCUCUUCAGUAUACAUAACAAACAAAACAGGAGCGACGACAUUGUUGGAACUAGAUCGAUAGGCAACGGUCCGAAAAACCCCAUCAUGACUUCGUCUAUUUAUAGCAGUGAUUUAAAGGCGAUGCCAAAUAGUCUGGCUGAAUACAAUGGAUGUUAUAAGGGUAUCGACAUCUGCAGACAGGACAGUUUCGGUUCCGACAGCGCACUCGGCACUAUGAAGAGCGAUUUUUUUGCGGACGUUGAUUUUGCGCAGAUGAGAGACACGCCGGACUUGUGCCGCACACCCGAAAGAUGCUGCACUCCUAAUCGUCCGACGUCACCGAUAGAAAGCACUGCUUUAUAAAUCAAAAUGCGCGCACGGUAGGAAGAGAAUAACAAUUUAUGUCGAGAUAACGUGCGUAAUCCCCAAUGAUGAAUGAUUCUCAUUUGCUACUAAUUUGAUCUCUUUAUGCAUAAUUCGUAAACUUUAUUCAUUAAGGUCCAAACAUGUAACGUGCUUAGUUUGCAGUAUUAACUUUUUAGCCAGAGUUUACUUCGUCCAUUAUCUCUAGUAUAUUGAGCGAGAAAAGAUUUGAAUUCAUAUAUUGACUUUAAUGAGCGCAAUAUUUUGAGUACAAUACUCAUUUUGAAAAACUUCCUAAAAAAGGAGUCAUAUCUUUAUUUUAUCGUUGAAAUUGAAUUUGAAAUGUUUAAAAUUGAUAUGUGCAAGGUAGAUAUGAAACGGGCUGGAAAUGUUCCCGUUAAAUAUAAAUCAAAAUGUUGUCUUGCUAAAGAAAGUAAUGAUAACGCGACACUCAGUAUUAAUAAAUUUCAUUUGCUGAUUUGUAUACAAUUUUUAGGUCGUAACAACGUCAGUUAAUUAGCCGUAAGGACUAUUACAUUCCUAGGAAUUCUUGCCACGCGGUUUUCAAACGUGGGAGUUUAGACGAUAAAACGCGAUUCCCCGACAAAAGCCAUUCCAUCCAAAAUAACUUAUAAAGCCGGGAUUUUGAUAAGUACGAUAUUACUAGUGUGCUCGAAAAAGCGGCACUGUGAAUACAGUCGAUUUUGCAACCUAAAAAUUACACUAUACAGAAAAAAAACCGUCAAAAGUACGAAGUAGACGUUAAACAUUUUGACUUUGUAAGUUGCAAAAUAUGUUUCCCCUGAGACUACACGAUCAUGUACGUUUCUCUUAAAUUAUGAAUACUAUCAUGGUAGACUCAGUUCUUGUAGAAUAGAGAAUGUAAAAAUGGUAUUAUAUUUGUUUCAGGGCAUACAGAUGUACAUCACAGUGUAAAAUAUUGUAUACGUUUUGUACUGCUGUAUAUGUACAGACCAUUAAUAUAUUAUAUAUGUAUGUAUACAUACGUGCAUAUAAAUAUAUACAUAUACAUGCGACGUUUAUAUCUUCGUUACGUCUAUGCAAUUGUUCUCGAUACAUUCUAGUAAGACAAGAUUAUGUGUAUAUUAAAAAUAAAUUAUAUUUAUGUAUUUCUUUUCUACUAGCAUUAUACACUUCGUUUUUUAACGAGGAUAUAAACGAUAGCAAUAGUAAAUAUCGUGUGUAUAAAAGAACAAAUCAUUUGUAUAUAAUUUUGUAUAUAUUCAAAUAUUUGUAAUUUUCAGAACACACCGAUCGAGAUAUUUGAGUAAUGAUAAGUUUUAUACUUGCGACAUAAGUACGCAACUAGUUUUUCUUCCCGUGUUAUAUUUCGAAAUAUAUUGCCGUUCUUUGUUUUUUUUUUAAAUUGCAUGUUGACCAUAGUUCAUGACGUUUAAAUGAAAUUACAUGCUUUUAUAGACGCGGUUCCAAGCAACAAUUUUAAUACUUAUAAUUUCGUAAAGUUUCUUUUUAUCUCAUCACCAACAAGAUUAUUUCACAUUAGAUUGCAUGUAAGUAAUACGACUAUUUAUCUUGACCAGAAAAUAAGUUUCUUUCGGAAACAGUUAUACAUUGAUUAAUAUAUUAUUUUGAAAAUAAACGUUUAUUACUUAUAUAAAAAUGGUAUUCUCAAGUUGUUCGCAUCGAUAACGAUCGUUUUAUGAUUAGCCUUGCGAUCGUGUUCUUUUUAUUAUCCUAAAGACUGCAAUUGGAUGCACGAAAGGAGCGCAAUCAAACAGUCCUGGUCUUUAUUUCUCUUCGUGUAUGUGACAUGUAGAGGGAACAGUAUCGCUAAAUGUUACUCGACGAUAUCGCAGGCGUUUAUCACGUAGAACAAAUUCCAAAAUAUCACUAAACGCGUGUCCAGUCAUAGAGACGGACGUUAUGUGCAAUAAUUGUACGGCUUGCUGUAUGUACACGGUAGAGCUAGCCUAAGGGAUUAUUCAUGGCUUGUCAUUAGUUGAUGAGAGCAAACUAAUUAGCGAUCUAGGAUAGAGUACUUCGUGAAAUUGCGAGAUUGCGUCGUGAAGGAGAAAAGGGUUCGCGUUCUCACACGGCCGUUUGAACCCAAUUCUGCCACGUAACGAUCGUGUUCGAUAAUUUAAUUAAACACGGAAUGAAGGGCAAGUGAACGCAGAUAUUUAGCGUCGACUCGCUGCACGCUGUGUUUGCCUGUUGCGAACACGAAAACGGCCCUGUUUAAAAAAAAAACCGAUAGCAAAUGAUAGAAGCAGAUUAAAAUUUUAUUGAAAUUUUAUCUAAUUUUAUGGUGAAGUUAUUGUUUCAAUCAAAUUCACAUUUGGGCUACGGAAAAUUAUACAAUGACAUUAUAUAAUGACAAAUAUACACGAAUUAAGACACGAUAUAGAAUAAUAUCAAUUUCAAAACAUGGAUCAGAUGAAUAUUGAUUAAGAAUAAUUAUUAAAUCAUAUGCUAAUAAUAUGAAAAAGAUUAAAAAAUAAUAUUUAUGAAUCAAAAACAUGAUAGAAUUAUUUAUAGACAGACUUUUUUUCUUAUCUAAUUCUAUCGGAUCUUUUAAGCAGGGGGAGAAAGCGAUAAAUCAAAAUGUAAGGAGUACAUAUGUCUUGGUCUGAAAAUAUGCGUAAUCAAUUGUCACGGAUCGCUUGGAAACUUUCAAUGAUCGCGAGAGCGACGAGAAAACGAAUGUUUAUAGUCGCGGGGAUGACAGUAUUAACAUUACUCGCUACAUAUUGUUGCUUGGUAGUGGAUGUGUACGUUUGCUAUCAUAACUCUUUAACACAUAGUGGGCACAAAAAUCGCGGUUAAGACCUAAGAGAUAUCUGGAACGAGUAAACAUUAUUUUUAUAGCCCCUGUAAAUUUUUGAUAGCCGACACGACCAUCGAUAGAUUAAUAUACAGGGUGCCCGAGUCAUUAGCGCGUUAAUUUGUAAUAAUUAAUUAAGGCCGUAAUGGUGGGGUGCCCUAUAUAAUCCUCGAUCGUUAAUAUUUUUUUAUUCUUUUUCCUGUGAAUCGAUUCGUUUUACUGACCCGAUAUGUAGUCUCGAGCAGAUAUUUUUUAUAGACGUCAUAGAGAAAGAGAGAGAGAGAGAGAGAACUCUAAUAUCUAAUUGACAACAUAAUUUUGUAAAAGGAAAGAUAUUCUUGUAAUUAUUGUCGGCCUAAUUUCGCAUAGAGCCCCGCGGUAAUUUUUCACAUGCAACUUCCGAUUUUGUAAUCAAAUUACAACUUGUUUUUUUAUACGAAGGUAUGGAUUCGAUUUAAAUGUUGUGCUACGAGGCACAGCGCUCGUCUUAUCGCGCGCGAUAUUUUGGGUCUCUAUUUAACACAAUAUUAACUUAAUAAUUAAUAUGAAAAUGCUAUAUAUCGCCGGCGAUGCUAAGCAGGCAAAUAUUGGAAAAUUCAGCAUGAUGCGAAAAGAUUGAUUGGCAAUGGGAAAGAAAAAAUAAACAGAAACGGUCUCGAUGGAAACUUUUACGCAUCUAUCGUUGCAUGUAGACUUGAAAUCAUCUUAAAAUUAUCGAAUUCCUAAACAGGAGCAUUGAUUGUAUUAUUGGCCAUGCACGAGACUGUGUACAUUGUUUUACAUGAGUUGGCGAGCGAGAUUAAAAAUACGAUUCCAAGAUAUUCAUUUGCUGUCGCGAUACACGACGACGAUUAUCUGGAUGAUUGUUUCUACGUCGACAGUCUACUCGGAGAACGGCAGACGUUUUUAUAUUAUUUUUAGUGCGUAUUUGUUACCUGUACAAGUCUGCGAAUGAGUUUUCACGCAGAGUUCUAUAUGUGAAACAAGUGUUUUAUUUAACAUUCCGAUAACUUAGCGAAACAAAAAAAAAAAAAAAAUACAAAAUAAACCGUUGACAGUA